UGGGGAUGCCCGCGGGCCUCACAGAACCGGCCGGCGCCGCUACCCCCGCUGGUGUGGGCGCCUCCGGGACCGUGACCAUGGCCCCCGCCGCGGCUCUGCCAGUCCGGGUGGAGAGCACUCCGGUGGCCUUGGGCGCCGUGACUAAGGCUCCUGUCAGUGUCUGCGUGGAGUCCACGGCGCCCCAGCCGCUGCGGUCCCCCGUGGGGACCCUGGUGACUAAAGUAGCUCCUGUCAGUGCUCUUCCUAAACUCAGCUGCGGCCCUCGUCUGCCAGCUCCUCAGAUUGUCGCUGUGAAAGCACCCAACACCACAACAAUCCAGUUGCCUGCUAAUUUGCAGCUUCCUCCAGGAACAGUUUUGAUCAAAAGUAACAGUGGUCAGUUGAUGUUGGUAUCUCCUCAGCAAGCUGUAACAAGAACCGAGACCACAAGUAACAUAACUUCAAGGCCAGCUGUACCAACGAAUACUCAAACAGUCAAAAUCUGUACAAUGCAGAAUUCUAGUUCACAGUUAAUCAAGAAGGUGGCAGUGGCACCUGUUAAACAACUGGCACAAAUAGGAACUACUGUGGUAACCACUGUUCCGAAGCCUUCCCCAGUGCAAUCUGUGGCUGUGCCAACCAGUGUUGUCACAGUGACCCCUGCAAAGCCGUUGAAUACUGUGGCUACCCUGAAGCCUUCAAGUUUGGGAGCGCCACCCACCCCCUCAAGUGAGCCCAGUCUCACAGCAGAGAACUCAGCCACUGCUCAGACUAAUCUUUCUCCGACGAUGCUAGAAAAUGUGAAGAAAUGUAAGAACUUCCUCGCAAUGUUAAUAAAACUAGCGUGUAGCGGAUCACAGUCCCCGGAGAUGGGGCAGAAUGUGAAGAAGUUGGUGGAACAACUUUUGGAUGCAAAAAUUGAAGCAGAAGAAUUUACUAGACAGCUGUAUGUUGAACUCAAGUCUUCACCUCAGCCUCACCUAGUUCCUUUCCUUAAGAAAAGUGUGAUUGCCUUACGACAACUGAUGCCUAACUCCCAGAGCUUUAUUCAGCAGUGUGUUCAGCAGACUUCUAGUGAGGUGGUCAUUGCUACCUGUACCACAACAGUAACACCUUCUCCUGUGGUGACAACAGUAGUUUCCUCAGUCCAGCCUGAAAAGCCCAUCAUUGGUUCUGUAGCAGCAACAUCUGGAACUGUGUCAGUGCAAACUCUGAAUCCACUUGCUCCAGGGGGAGCAAAAACUGGAGUUGUGACACUUCAUUCUGUGGGUCCAGCUGCUGUGCCAGGAGGAACAACAGCUGGAACUGUUGUGCUUCAGACUCCAAAACCGCUAGUGACAUCUCUGCAGAACACAGUGACAGCAGUCUCACUUCAGCCUGAAAAGCCAGUUGUCUCUGGGACAGCAGUGACACUGGCCCUCCCCUCGGUAACUUUUGGAGAAACCUCAGCAGCAGCUGUAUGUCUUCCGUCUGUGAAACCUGUUGUUACUUCUGCUGGGACCACAUCUGACAAGCCUGUCAUUGGCACUCCAGUCCAAAUCAAACUUGCACAGCCGGGCCCCGUGCUUACACAACCAGCCAGCAUUCCACAGGCAGUUAAAGUCCAACAACUAGUAGUCCAGCAGCCUUCAGGAGGCCUUGCAAAACAAGUGACCACACUUUCCCAUUCCUCAGCAUUGACCAUCCAGAAAUCUGGACAGAAGGUGACAGUGAGCACUGCAGUACCUACCAGUCAGUUUCCUCAAGCUUCCAUUCUAAAGCAGAUUACCCUGCCAGGAAAUAAAGUUCUGUCAGUUCAGUCAUCUAUUCAGAAAAACAAAAUAAAAGAGAAUGGAACAGCAUCCUUCAGAGAUGAAGAUGACAUCAAUGAUGUGACUUCCAUGGCAGGGGUCAACCUCAGUGAAGAAAAUGCCUGCAUCUUAGCAACAAACUCUGAAUUGGUUGGCACACUUGUUCAGUCAUGUAAAGAUGAACCGUUUCUUUUCAUUGGACCUCUACAAAAGAGAAUUUUAGACAUUGGUAAAAAGCAUGACAUUACAGAACUUAACUCUGAUGCUGUGAACUUGAUCUCCCAUGCAACACAGGAGCGAUUACGAGGCCUUCUAGAAAAACUGACUACAAUCGCUCAGCAUCGAAUGACAACUUACAAGGCAAGUGAAAAUUAUAUCCUGUCUAAUGACACCAGAUCACAGCUCAAAUUUCUUGAAAAGCUAGAUCAACUGGAGAAGCAUAGAAAGGAUGUAGAAGAAAGAGAAAUGUUACUUAAAGCAGCCAAGAGUCGUUCCAAUAAAGAAGAUCCAGAACAGCUGAGAUUAAAGCAGAAAGCCAAAGAGUUACAACAGUUGGAGCUUGCGCAGAUACAGCAUAGAGAUGCUAAUCUCACAGCUCUUGCAGCUAUUGGACCAAGGAAGAAGAGACCACUAGAAUCCGGGUCUGGAAGUGAGGGUUUAAAAGACAACCUUUUUGCUUCUGGGACAUCCAGCCUGACAGCCACCAAACAGUUGCUUCGUCCAAGAAUCACAAGAAUCUGCCUCAGGGACCUGAUCUUCUGUAUGGAGCAGGAGAGGGAGAUGAAGUAUUCCCGAGCUCUGUACCUGGCCCUUCUGAAGUGACCAUGGCCCUCUCCAUCCAGAUCCUUGCUACUUACUGCCAAAGAAGACAUAAAGAGCGGUGUCACAUGGUCCUGAGAUUUCAGUUUCUGGAAAAUAAUCACCGAUAGGGAAGACCAUUGUUUACAGUUAUAUACUUUUAUUAACUCUUAUGUAUUCCAUUAGGUUCUUAAUGACUAGGAAUCAGCUUCUAAAAAUAGGUUGUGAAGUACAGUUUAUUUACACAGAAGUAGGCAUAUGCCUGCCUACGUGUUUAAUUACAGCAAG